AAUUUGGCUCCGCCUCCAUGUUCCUGUCUUCGCGGAAACAGAAAUUACACAUUAGCCAAACCAAAAUGGGGGCAGCUCUUGAUACACCAGCGAGGUGCCUUCUCUGUGAUGUUAUGACCCAAAAUCCCGUCACCCUGAAAUGCAACCACCGGUUCUGCCGAAGAUGUAUUGGAGACUUGUGGAGCGUUAGCCCGUCCGGACCAUACCACUGUCCUGAGUCCAGGUGUAAAAUUGUAUACCAGACCCUUCCGUUUGAUAAGAGUUUCAUACGGUCGCCUAUACCGAGUCGACAGCCACCUCCACGAAGUACUGCAGCGACAUCAUCCAGUCAUAGCGAACAAAGUACAUCUGCCUCGGAUUUGAGAAGAACCUCGGUGACCAGCCGGUUCCUUGGGAAGAGAAAGGCCACCACACCCGUUUCAGAGGAACAUGUGGCAAAGCGAACCGCUGUGGAGUCCACCAGUGACUGGUCCAGAACCGCUGAGACUCCCACCGCCUCCUUCUCAGAUAAACCUGAAGAUCCAGCUGAUGCGGGGACGUCCACAAAACCAAUCAACCCAGAACCCACACCGUCUGCGAGUGGUGACGGCAAAUCCCUCACCGAGAACUCUGACAUGAAGUCAGCUGAAAGUGAUUGGUCUCAAAAGUCAGCGGAUGAUUCUGACAGCUCCAGUGAAGUAGAUCUCUGCGACUCUCCUCUUACUGAAACCCCCAGGAAAGAUGCGACAGGAAUUCCCACUUCACCAAAGAAACUCGCCUCACCUGGAAGCGCCGAAGCCCGUCCUGAGAGUUUAAGUCCAGGGAACAAAUCGGCUCCAGUCAGCAAGACGCCUCUGAUGUCCACUUCUGCCUCCUCCAACCGUUUGGGCCCAGUCCCAUGUCAUUACUGCCCUAAAACGGGACACCAGACGGCUGUGAAGACCUGCCUGGUGUGUGGGGCGUCCAUGUGUAAGGAGCACCUCCGUCCUCACCUGGAGUCGCCCGUCUUCCAGAACCACACCCUGGUUUCCCCCAUGGAGGACAUUUCCCUCUGGAGGUGCCAGGAGCACCAGGAGAUCAACCGGAUCUACUGCAGGCAGUGCGCGGCGUGCGUGUGCACCGUGUGCACCGUGAUUGGCUCGCACCGCGACCACGCCUGCAUCAGCAUCAGGGAGGCGGAGAAGGAGCUCAGGGCAAACCUGAAAGAAGAAAUCAAACAGCUGCAGGACGCUGAACAGCAAGUGAAGAACAGAGUGACUGAACUCACAGAACUGCACAGUUUAUUCCAGGUGGUACUAACCAAAGCGCUGGACGGGGUGAAGCAGCAGUACGGCGCCAUCAGAGAGGCGUUGGAUCAGGAGGAGCAGACGGCUCUCCGCUGUGUGAAGAAGGAGGAGAACCGGGUCCUGGGCGGUCUGGAGAAGAAGCUCUGCCUGCUUCAGAGCUCGCUGCAGUCCAUCCAAAAUGGCCUCCACAUCCUGGAGGGUCUGGCCGACGCCAGGGCCGACACGCGCAUUCAGGACCAGGCGUUCAUAAUGGAGUACAGCAGGAUUUCUCAGCUCACCAGUGAGGUGGGGAACUGUGCCGAUCAGUUUGCGCCUCCAGAGGAAGUGGACCGCGGCCGACUGAGCUGCCUGCAGAGGUGGACGGAGAAACGUCUGGACGCCGUCGUCAUCACCAUGCCGGGGAAAGACAGAGACCUCUACAGGCUGCUGUACGGCACCGUUCCUGCCAUGGACGCAGACACGGCUCAUCCCAAGCUGCAGCUGUCCGAAGCCAACAGGAAGGUGGCGUACAGCGAAUCCCCGCAGGCCUACGCCGACCACCAGGCUCGCUUCAGCUCCUUCCCACAAGUCCUGGCGUCUUCCCCGCUGCAGGGCGGCCGCUGGUACUGGGAGGUGUCCGUGUCGGUGGACGACGGGCGCUGGAAGGUGGGCCUGAGCGCGGCUCAGAUAGAAAGGAAGGGCCAGAAGGACGGCUCCCGUCUGGGCUGCAACAGCUACUCCUGGUGCCUGGCCUGUGACAAGAGGAAGCUGGAGGCUCUGCACAACAAGGAGACGGCUCCGGUGAGGGCCGACGGCCUGCAGCGGGUGGGAGUGUUCCUGGACUUCGAAGAGGGCAGCCUGUCGUUCUUUGAUGCGACACCAGGGGGCAGUCUUGCUUUGUUGUAUUCUUACAAGCACAGUUUUUGUGAGCCUCUGUACCCGGCUCUUUCCGUGUCCAAAACCCACCUGACCGUCUGCGACCUGUUCCACUCAUAAACCAGUUUAAACUUUUA